CAGAGCGAGUUCUGAGACAAGCCACACAAAUGAAAGAUCAGGCCCUUCCUCUUUACAGGAACUUCCACUCUCAGUCCUAAAUGUGAUCGUGAAAACAGGACCCCUUUAGGCAUAUCAUACAUCAUUUGGUGAAGACUUCCAAUUCCCAAUUAAUUAAUCUGGGUUAAGCCCAUGAGGUAUGAUGUGGACCUCUAUAUAAGCUAAAGUAAAGCCAUUCAGAAAAGGAUGAACAAGAAAGUUCUCUAUUAAUGGCUGUGUUCAAAGAAUGAGUUUGUAGAAGAAGAGGCCCUUUACAGAUGAAUUCUCAAUGGGGAAGAAAAGAAGCUGGUUCAGUUUGGUGAAGAGGCUCUUUGUUUCUGACCCAAAACCAAAGGGUGCAAAGAAAUCAAGGAGGUGGAGAUGGGUUUUUGGAGGGCUGAAGCCGAAGCAGUAUCCCGCACUUGCAGCACCACAGAGAGUGAUACAUGAUGCAAGAGAAGAGCAGAGAAAGAAUGCUGUGGCUGUCGCCAUUGCCACGGCAGCUGCAGCCGAGGCUGCUGUGGCUGCUGCCCGGGCUGCAGCCGAGGUUGUUCAGCUCACGGGCGUUCCUCAAUCUUACCGGGAGUACGAAAAGAGGACUCGCAAUUCGGCUGCCAUUAAGAUUCAAGCUGCUUACAGGGCUCAUCUUGCAAGGAAAGCGCUCAAGGCACUAAGGGGACUGGUGAAGCUUCAAGCUAUGGUGCGAGGCCGGAUUGUGAGGCGUCAAGUAAUCGCCAAACUCAAGUGUUUGCCAACCAGUGUGAAGAUGAAACCACAAUUCCUUCAAGAGAGAGAUUCGAGCAUCGAUGAAAGUGGUAAAAAUGGCAGAAGGAAACAGUUCCUCAGCUUGAAAGAGGAGUUGGAAGAGAGGAAAACCAAACUCAGAAGCAACAGCCAUAAAAGCUGCGAUUACAGCGCCCUGGCAAAGGAGGAAAUCCAAGCCUUAUGGUUACAGAAGCAAGAGGCGAUCGGCAAAAGAGAGCGCAUGAAGACAUACUCGGCUUCUCUUAGGGAGAGGAGAAGUGAUCAGAAAAUGGAAACAGUACCAAUCCCCAACAAUGAAAAUGGAAGAUGGGGCAACCAGUUUGAGCCAAAGACAGAACCCAAUUCUUGCAGAAGAAGAGAAAUGUUGAGACUGAGAACUGGAUCUAAACACGAUUCAGGGGAAGAAUUGAGCUUCCAAUUCACACUGCCCAGAAGAUCAUUUUGUCAGGCAAAGCAGAAGCCGAUUGGCGACGAAAGUUCUCUGCCAAACUCUCCAGUCUUUCCAACUUACAUGGCUGCUACAGAGUCUGCCAAGGCAAAGGCAAGAUCAAUGAGCACCCCAAGGCAACGACUCGGGCUUUUUGACACCUAUGAUGAUUAUAGUUCUGCAUAUAAGCUCAGGCUCUCUUCAUCCUCGUCUUUCAAUGGUGAAUUUGCCGGGACAAAUGGGAGGCGAGGCGCUACUGAUAGGCUCUGCCUGAGCACUAAAAGUCUCCUCCGAGAUUGACAAGAGAUUUUGUUGGUAGAGCUCUUUGUUUUUUCACUUUCUGGUUACGGUUUUCGUUAUUUAGAAAACGAAAACAAAUUAAAAGAUGUCGUUUGGUUCCCGAAUGUGGUAUGCUGUGUGUCCAAAGGGAUUUGCAAGGUUUGAGUUUGAUCUGAUUAUUGGUGAGUUUUUUCAUUGCUUUUAGAGAUGGUGAGGGAAAAUCAAACUCAGGAUGUGUACAGUUACUUCUAAGUUGCAAGAUUGAAGAAGGAAUGCAUUUGAGAGGUUAUGCAAAUGAACAUGGGCUG